AUGUCAUUGUGUCAGCACACUAAGGCUGGGAGGAUUCAUCUACAGUUUGUUCAGGCCGACAAGGGAGGAGGCUCAUCUACCCACCAGACCCAAUUAGAUGCACCUCAAGCUGAAACCGGGACUCCAGUAGUAGAAACUUUCCAAGAGCAACAUGUAGUUAUGUCUGAUGUCCUUUCCUCAAUUCAUGAAGAUAGUCCAGCCUCAGGUCCGAGCAACACUCAAUGCUUGCCCACGCUUGCCAUAGGGCCUAGCAUGGUAUCACAGUGCAGUACAGUACAACCGCCGCCGCCAAUAGGACCUGAAACUGCAUCCACAGUUUCUGAGCACAAUAUUGAUCCCGUGCUACUCCACCUUGACGCACCUCAAUCUCCCAAUCCUUUCCAGCAAACACUCUCCUUGCCUGAAACCCCGCAAUCAUACCUGUCUCGUGAAUCCGAAGCUGUAACUGGCCUGAAAAACCCACUUUAUGGUUGCAUUGAGGGAGCAAAGAGAGGUGUGAGUGAUUGGCCUAUUCUACGUACCACACGGCUCAGACCCUUUUUAAUGACAUCAAAACAAGCAUCUGCACGGUUUGCAAGAUGCAUGGAGGAUCUGGUUGUGCAUGCCGAACGUCUCUCGCACAAAAAAAAUUGCUGGCUGCUCUUAGCAGCCCAGCAUCCCCAGAUUGUGAACUCAUUUGCCGACACUAUCAACAACCUUCAGAAUGCUCGGCGAACCGAUGCCAUCGAGUUGUCGCAAAAACUCUCAGAAGCUAAUCGGUCUAAGGAACGGGCAGAGGCUGAGUUAGCUAGACAACAGGUUGACCUUGCAGAAAAAGAUGCAUUGAUCUCUGAAUACAGAAGCCGGCUGGGGUUGUCUUAA